ACUCUAAAUAUGUUAAAAAGAAAAAAAACUAUCUUCUCCCAAAUUAACAUAUACUAUCUUUGAUCUUUGAAAUGGCAGAGAAAGAAGAGAUCGUUAAAUCCUCUCAAGAAGAAGAAACUGCCCAAUCAACACCACCCUUAUUGCCAAGGACCUGUGGGAAUUUACUUGGCCCUAUUUCAACUGGAAGAAGGACAUGGCCUGAUCUAGUCGGCGUGACGGCGGAGGAAGCGGAAAGAAAGAUAAAGGAAGACAUGGCCGGAGCUGAAGUUCAAGUAGUUCCUCCUGAUUGCUUUAUUACCAUGGAUUUCAAGGUAGGGAGAGUCAGGCUGUUCAUUGAUUCAUCAGGAAAAGUUGCAAAACCCCCCAUAAUUGGCUGAUAUCUCUGCAAUUUCGAUAUUAAAUUGAAAAUUAUAAUAAUUAAGAUUGGGCACUAAAUCUGUAAUCUGAAUAAUCAUUUUAUAAAUUGUAUGCA